GCUGCGGCUCCCGCAGCCCUCCCUGUAGUGUCCCCGCCGCUCCUCCCGAUGCCUUCCGAGGAGACGGAUGGACGGACGGACGGGCAGCGAGAGCCCGACCGCGGCCCCCGCGCUCCCCAUCCCGGGAUGGGACGGACGGCACAAGGCCCGGACAGACCGACAGCCAGAGGGACAGCCGGAGGGACGGACGGACGGAGGACUGCGGGCGGGGGCAGCGCGGCGGUCUGGCAACUCUCCCCGCAGCGCUCCCCCUCCACCCCGCCCCGCUCUUCCCAAGGCAGAGCGCGGUGACGCCGCCGCCGCCGCCACCACGGAGAGGACGCAGGACCCUCCCUUGGGCCCCCCGUGCCCUUUUGACGGGGCGGCCUGGGCCCCCCGACCCCCCCCGGGCCCCCAGCAAGGCUGCUUCGCAUGCAUCGCCAAGCCCCCGGCCCUCCGGCACUCCUCGCCCGUCCUCUCGCCCUCCUCUGCCGCUCAGCUGAUGGAGAGCAAGGGCUGCAAAGGGGACAGCCUGCGGCCGGCGGGCCCGUGCAAGCACUCGGUGGAGAAGAAGACCAUGACCAACCCCACCACCGUCAUCGAGAUCUACCCCGACACCAGCGAGGUGAAUGACUACUAUCUCUGGUCCAUCUUCAACUUCGUAUACCUCAACUUCUGCUGCCUCGGCUUCAUCGCUUUGGCCUAUUCUCUGAAAGUCCGGGAUAAGAAACUCCUCAAUGACUUAAAUGGUGCAGUGGAAGAUGCCAAGACAGCCCGGCUUUUUAACAUCACCAGCUCAGCCCUUGCCACCUUCUGUAUCAUCCUCAUCUUCAUCUUCCUGCGGUACCCCCUCACUGAUUACUAGCAGGAGGCCAACAGCAGCACUGCCGCCAAGAUGCCUCUAUGCCAGAAGUGUCUGCAGUUGUUUCCUGUAGCAAGGACACGAGAGUAAAACAACCCCAUCGUGAUGGCAAAAAAAUAAAAAUAAAAAUAAAAAAAUAAAAAAUAAAAAAAGAAUAAUAAGAAUAAUUAAAAAAAAAAUAAAAAAAGUAAAUACAAAAAUAAAAAAUAAAUGAGUUUAUCAGCCCGGGCAAGCGUACUCUUCCUGCUCGUAAACAGUAUGUGGACUGCUGUAGGAAAGGGUUUCACUUUUGCAAUUGUGUAGGAAGGAAAAGACACCAAGAAGAUCUUACUUCAUGGCAAAUGGAGCUGUAUAAUGUGAGUGUGCAAAGCUGAGAGCUAAAUGUGUGGCCAGAUGCAUGGCCAUAGAGGCCUUUGCGCUACAAGACAGGGCUGGGAGGAAGGCGGCAUGCCCAAGGUGAGUGGGAUGGCCAAGGCUCAGAGCAUAUCAGAUGCUUUCAAACUGCCCACUGCCCCACAACGUUCUGUUGUUUUCCUUCCGUGAUGCAGUUCUACUGAAUUUAAUUCAUGUGUUGAGAUAACCAUCCCGGAGGGCUGAGUGUUAGGGUAUUGGUGUCAGAGAGCCCCAAUGCCUCCAGCUCAACCCCAGCGCAUUAAGGGGCAAAUUUCUCCUUGGGAUCACCCAGCAGUGUUGAGGACAAAGUCAUCUCCGGAGAACUCCAUGUGCUCUGUGAACCAAGUGCUACUGUAUUUCCGUAACACGGUCAAUAAAGAUACCUCUGAUAUCUGCUGCUGCUGGGUCAAUUAUCGUAGCAUCAUCGAAUCAUUAAAGGAUGGAAAAGACCUCUAAGAUCACCAAGGUCCACUCACAACCCAUCCCCACCAUGCCCACUGGCCAUGUUCCUCAGUGCCACAUCUCCACUGUUCUUGAACACCCCUAAGGAUGGUGACCCCUGUUUCUCUGGUUGGUCUCCCCUCUUUUUGCACAAAGACAGAAAGGAUGGACAACGCUGCAUGCUAGGGAAGGGAGAGGAUGAAACAUCCACAUUCGAUGUGCUGCUUAAAAAAACACCUUGUAUUUCUUGAGUUUUUAAGAUGAGAGAGCUGAGGGGAAGCUACAUAUCCCUGAGCCUUUGGGAUAUGCCAGUCUCCGGGGAUGGCUGAAGAGAUAGGGCAAAGAAGCAGAGAAUCGCAGCUCACUGGCAAGAGACAAUGCCUGUGUCCCCGGCGGCUGCUUAAGGGAGUGUCAGGCAGGGAUGAGGGAUGCAGGAGGACGUGUGCCAGGUUGGAGAGCCAGGACUGCGCUGACCCCUGCAAUGCUCAAUCGGCGUCGGGCAGAGCCAAGGCAG